GGGAGGAUGAGCGCAUGACCAGCUUGAGUGACAAUAACGUGUCACGUGACCCGCUCCCACACGUGACCUGUUUUGACGGGCUACUUGAAGAAAGGUCCGGAGAAGCACGCCUCUCAAGCUGAUUGACAAGAACCACGUUUCAGCAUGUAUGUCGUAUUCGUCGUCGCAUUGACGUGUCUGGGCGUAUGGGUGGACGCUGUGAACAACGGCCUCGCAAGGACGCCGCCGAUGGGAUGGAUGUCAUGGCAACGUUACCGGUGUAUUACUGACUGCGUUCAACAGCCUGACAACUGCAUCAGCGAGAGUCUCUUCAAGCGUAUGGCUGACAGGCUUGUUAGUGACGGCUACAAAGAUGUCGGCUACGAAUACAUCAACAUCGACGACUGCUGGCCUUUGAAAGACCGCGAUGCCGAGGGCAAGAUCGUCCCCGACCCAACCAGGUUCCCCAGCGGAAUGGCCGACCUGGCUAAAUACAUGCACUCUAAAGGCCUUAAGCUCGGCAUCUACGGCGACUUCGGCACGCUGACAUGCGGCGGCUACCCUGGCAGCAAGUUCUACAUGGACGUCGACGCUCAGACGUUUGCAGACUGGGGCAUCGACUCCCUCAAACUUGAUGGCUGCUACACCAACCCGGACGAUUACGCUACGGGCUACCCGCUGAUGGAGUUCUUCUUGAACAAGACGGGCAGACCAAUCCUGUACUCAUGCAGUUGGCCAGCAUACGUAAAAGAUCCUGACUACAAGACUAUUGCCGACAACUGCAACAUCUGGAGGAACUAUGGCGACAUCCAAGAUUCUUGGGACAGCGUUAAGAGCAUCAUCGGUUUCUAUGGGGACGACACAGAUAACUUCACCAAGUUCGCAGGCCCAGGCAACUUCAAUGACCCAGACAUGAUUAUUCUGGGCAACUUCGGUCUGAGUUACGACCAGCAGCGAGUGCAGAUGGCGAUGUGGGCAGUCAUGGCGUCCCCACUCCUCAUGUCCAACAACCUGGACGACAUACGACCUGAGACAAAGGACCUUCUCCUCAACAAGAACCUCAUAGCCAUCAACCAGGACCCGCUUGGGAUCCAGGGCACCAGGAAAUCUCAGACUGGUAACAUUGAAAUAUGGUCGAGGCCUUUAUCACCGGUGGGGAAAUUCGCCAUCGCCAUCCUGAACCUGGGAGAGGCAGGAUGCGCAGCUAUUGUGAAUACCACCCUGUCCUACAUCGGCCUCACUAACCAGGGUGGCUACAAGGUCACCGAAGGGUUCACAGGUGCAGUGGUGGGGACAUUCUCACUCUCCGACCACUUUGUGAGCAACGUAAACCCAUCCGGUAUACAGUUAUACGUGGCUAGUCCUAACUAGUUUGGUGAAUAGUAUAUUAGCAUUAACAAUGUCAUGACGUAUAUGCCAACAAUUUACUCGUGAGGUAUUUUCCCAAAAACUAUUUUUAUAUUUUCAGUAUUCAUGUGUAAGUUCGAUCCCAGGUAGGGAGACCUUAUGUGAAUUAUUUUAAAGCUGUUUCCAUUCAUUUGUGUUUAGGUAUGUUGCAUUAAGCGGCCGUUAUAGCCUAUUCUUCAUGCAACGAACUGACACGGAUUUGAAAACUCGCAUCGUUAAACCACAUUUACUACACCCCUCUCCAGCCAAUGUACAUAUGCUUGCUUUGUCUCUGUGACAAAGAGAUUGUAUACAUAUCAAUUAUUAAAUAAUAUCUACCCCGA